AACCGGAAGCUCCUUCUGUAGCAACUCUAGCUCGCUUCACGCUAGCUUAAACAACCAUAAAGUUAUUUAAAAUAUCAUAAAUAGGCCCUACACGUGCGUGUCUGAGGUUUGAGUUUCACAUCGCUUCGUCUGGGCUCCAGCAGCGCGGCUUUCUGUUCCCUACACUCCGGUUUGUAGACGGUUUUGAGGUGCUGGAGGUUCGCGGGCCUGCCCGGCGCUUCCUGCACCUUCUCGUGACUGAGAAGGUCUCGUGUCGGUUGGUGUUCGUGUUUCCCGCACUGACACGCAGCUGCACGAGCACGCAGCGGUGUAGGUUAACAGGAAGGGGCGGCGGAGAGGAGGAGCCGCCGCUCCGCUUCAACUUCUGGCUUUGCCCGCUGCGUUAGCUCGCCUUGCCCCACACCCUCCAGCUCCACUGCGGCUCGCACGUCUGCCCGGGACGCUCAACUUCAGCUGUACCACAAACAUGUACCGGUACUUCGGAGAGCUACUCACCCGGGGAGCGGGCAGCGUCCUGGCCUCGUGCUGCUCCGCCGCCGCUGACUCGGCGCUGCCGGCGUCCGCGUCCCUGAUGCGCUACCGGGGCUACAGCCAGGCCGUGGACCGGGACGACGAUCCCAACUUCUUCACUAUGGUGGAGGGUUUCUUCGACCGGGGAGCAGCUAUCGUGGAGGACAAGCUGGUGGAGAGCCUGAAGACCCGGGAGAGCCCCGAGCUGAAGAGGAAGCGGGUCCGCGGGAUCCUGAGGAUCAUCAAGCCGUGUAACCACGUCCUGAGCGUCAGCUUCCCCAUCAAGAAAGACAACGGAGAGUGGGAGGUGAUCGAGGGCUACCGGGCUCAGCACAGCCAGCACAGGACGCCCUGCAAGGGAGGUAUCCGCUACAGUACAGACGUGUCUGUAGACGAGGUGAAAGCGCUCGCCUCGUUGAUGACGUACAAAUGUGCCGUCGUUGAUGUGCCGUUUGGUGGAGCCAAAGCUGGCGUGAAGAUCAACCCGAAGAAAUACUCCGACAACGAGCUGGAGAAAAUCACCAGGAGGUUCACCAUCGAGCUCGCCAAGAAAGGCUUCAUCGGGCCCGGGAUCGACGUUCCCGCCCCGGACAUGAGCACCGGCGAGAGGGAGAUGUCCUGGAUCGCCGACACCUUCGCCACCACCAUGGGACACUACGACAUCAACGCUCACGCAUGUGUCACCGGGAAGCCCAUCAGUCAGGGAGGGAUCCACGGUCGGAUCUCCGCCACGGGACGAGGAGUUUUCCACGGCAUUGAGAACUUCAUCAACGAGGCGGCCUACAUGAGCCAGCUGGGGAUGUGUCCCGGCUUCCAGGACAAGACCUUUGUCAUCCAGGGUUUUGGUAACGUGGGGCUUCACUCCAUGCGCUACCUUCAUCGCUUUGGAGCAAAGUGCAUCGGAGUUGGAGAGAUGGACGGAAGCAUCUGGAACCCCGACGGCAUCGACCCCAAAGAGCUGGAGGACUACAAACUGGCCAACGGGACCAUCGUGGGCUUCCCCAACUCGACGCCGUACGAAGGAAGCAUCCUGGAGGCCGACUGUGACAUCCUGAUCCCCGCCGCCAGCGAGAAGCAGCUGACCAAGAGCAACGCUCACAGUAUCAAGGCCAAGAUCAUCGCAGAAGGAGCGAACGGCCCGACGACGCCCGAAGCCGACCGCAUCUUCCUGGAGAGAAACAUCAUGGUGAUCCCGGACAUGUACCUGAACGCGGGGGGUGUGACCGUGUCCUACUUCGAGUGGUUGAAGAAUCUGAAUCACGUCAGUUACGGCCGACUCACCUUCAAAUAUGAGCGAGACUCCAACUACCACCUGCUCAUGUCUGUGCAGGAGAGUUUAGAGAGGAAGUUUGGCAAACAUGGAGGCGCCAUUCCCAUUGUCCCCACCUCUGAGUUCCAGGCCAGGAUCUCUGGAGCGUCUGAGAAGGACAUCGUUCACUCAGGACUGGCCUUCACCAUGGAGCGCUCUGCCCGGCAAAUCAUGCGAACAGCCAACAAGUACAACUUGGGUUUGGACCUGCGGACGGCGGCGUACGUCAACGCCAUUGAGAAGGUCUUCCAGGUUUACAGCGAGGCCGGUCUCAUCUUCACAUAGAGCCGCCUCCGUCCACCUGUCAGCCGUCUGUCUGUCUGUUGUCUGUCUGUCCUCAUCAGCUCUGCAGAUUUCUUCAGCACCUCUCAAACAGAAUCCAGCGUUUACAUUUUAUUGCACAGCAGCAGAGUGAAUGAAAAGUGUGAAUCUGUUUGUCUCGUCCACUCGUCGGUUACUUUCUUCUUCUUCUUCUUCUUCUUCUCCUCAUGAAAACUUUAAUAGACCACAAGAGGUUCCAGUUCUCUCCAGUUGACUCUUCACUCAUCAACAUGUUGUGGAAAUGAGUGGACUAAAAGCCUCAAUGCCGCACACACGGUGGCCAAUAGUAUGUGGACGCCUUCGUUCACAGAAAAAAGAUGAGCGGAAGCACAAAAUUCCACCCAUCUUUUUUAUUUUGUGAAUCACUGGAUGAUUUCAGGUAUUUCACUUGGGCUACCAAUAACGACUGUCAGAUCAUCAGAGGAUUGCCAAAGUGAAUUACUUAACAGAAUGUCAAAGUAGAGAAAAAUGUCCACAAUCAUCUGAUUGGACAGUAAGGUGUGCGUGGAUCAGCUGUCUGUCGGUCUGCUGGCGUGUCCACAUACUUUUGGCCACACAGAGUCUCUACAUGUUCGUCUUCAGGUAUAAUGAGGUGCAUGCGUGCUUAUUAAAGGGUCAUUCUGGUGUUUUUGUCUUUUCCUUCCUUCAGGCAGCCGCUGGUUUCGCUUCACUUCUAUAAAAAUGUUCUUUGCAAAGACUUGAAAUGUGCCGCAGAGCGAGACGAUCCAUCGCUGGUUUCUUUUGUUAAAUCCAGUCUGAUCCUUCAGCCUGAGUGGAGUCCAACCAAACUCAGAUCUGAAACACUACAGAACUUUAAAACUAAAACCUCUGGGAUGGUCCUUUAGCUGUGAGCUUCUGAUGCUAGCAGAGACAUUUAGCUUCCCACCAAACCCGCCCUGAAUGUUUGCUGUUCUUCCUCUCAGGUCUCGACAGUCGCAGCUCAGACCAAAGCUAAUCUAUGCAGUUAAAGUAAGCAAUACGUGCAGGACGGUAGAAUCUUCUGUCCAAGUUCUGCUUCACGCAAAAGUCACGUCACAGACGGACACGAAAAGUCCCAGCAGCUGAUCGCCAGGACUUUUUACAGCGAGCGUAAAAACACCAAGAAGGUCCUGGUGUUUCCAUCCCCUAAAGGAACAGUUCACCCAAAAAGUUCACGCGACUGUCCGUCAGCCUGGAGGUGAGCAGAUGGUGACGGAGGCUUCACGUUUGGGUGAACUGGUCCUUUAAAUAACAGCCGAAUGGAUGAGCUGAGUGACGUCCGGUGUGUGAGCUUUGAUUUCCGGCCGUGACUCGUCUGAGGCUGAACUUUCUGGUGGACACCAAGUAGACGUGAAGCCGCAGAGGUGACGCACCGACACCUGAGACGUGGUCAAAGCCGACGCGUGUGUGUGAGUGUGUGAGUGUGUGUGAGCUCUGACUCAAAUGGCUUUGGGAUCCUGUCAGGGACUUAAUUCACCUUUUGUCCAAAUCAAAUGUUGCAGCGAAAUAAAGUCCAAAAACGUC